AUGGAUCUUGUUCCUUUUAUCUAUUUUGAGAAGCAACAACAAGAUAAUUUGUGCGCACAGCACGCAUUAAAUGUGUUACUGCAAGGCAACUACUUUACUGCUGUGGAUCUGGCAGAGAUUGGCCAGAACCUUGACAAGCAAGAGCAACUUGUAGGCGGCAGAAAGAGUGGCAGCGAAAGUCAAAAUUACGAUGAUUCUGGGUAUUUCUCAAUUCAGGUACUUCAAAAAGCACUCGAGAUUUGGAAUUUAGAGUUGGUACCUUGGAGAUCAAAAGAGAUGGACGAAGCUAGAAAGACGCCUACACAGCAAACCGCCUACAUUUGCAAUCUACGAAAUCAUUGGUUUACCCUACGCAAAUUCUCUGAAACUUAUCGCUGGUACAACUUGGACUCCACACAACCAGCACCUACCUACUUGGGAGAGGAUUACCUAGCAUUGAUGCUGCAUCAGAUUGAGUGCGAAGGGUAUUCCAUCUUUGCUGUCAAUGGUGCACUACCGCAAUCUGAAGGAGACAGAAAAGCAAAGGCAUUUUUGAAACCUCAAGGAGAGGGUAAAGUGGAAGGCAAGCCUUUGCCUGAUGUGAUUCCAUUUUCAGGACAAGGAUACUCUUUAGCAUCGUCAUCAUCCCUUGCCACAGAGCAACCAGCAGAAGAUGAAGAAACGGUACUUGCAAGAGCGAUCCAAGCAAGUAUGGAGAGCAAUAAACCUUCUGUCAAGGAUGACAUGGAUGAAAUCAGAAGAAGAAGAUUAGCUCGAUUUGGAGGACAAUAA